CGGAAGCUUCAACUGCGGAAAGUUCCUGCCCUAAGUUGACUGGAAAUAUCAUUUUCGCCUACUGUUUGACGUUCGAUUUCCUCUCCUCGACCUUGUGGGCUCGUUUUCUCAUUUUUUUUUUUUGUUUGUAUCAACACAAUGUUCUCCGAAAUCACCAGCUCACCCCCUUCAGCUGGCUCGGAUAAGCAAAUCAGAAUUUAUCGAGUCACUUUCGGCUGCACAUUGAUUUCAUGUCGCAAUAAAACAAUUCUAUUUUUCUUACGUGACAGAACCCGUUUCAACAGUUUUCUUCGAAAUGUGCACCUGAACCUGCCUCGGGCCCGCUAGUGGAACUCAAGGAAAAAUGAAACUCAAACGAAAAUGAACGGAAAUACGGUGUGUCAAAGGGAAAAUAGAACCCAAAGAAGGAUCGAAAGUUUGCGUGCUGAGAAACGAGUGUGGUGAAAGCGGAAUAGAUCCCCGAAACAGAAGCUAAAUAGUGAUUAAAUAUAAAUCAGCUUGUGCCAGGCUGCUACAGCACAGUGUGUGUGGUCGGAAAAAAAGGCACAAGUAGCGGAACAGAGCUGCUGGAAACUUGGCGAGUUUUGACGUUGUAGGCAUUGGGGUUUCAUCGGCGGCUACCCCGGCUAAUAGCAUCCAAACAUGGUCCUCCCAUCAUGGUCCAUUGGCGGCGCUGUAGUGAACGGAACCGGUGGCCGUUGGGCCUUGGGAACGCUGAUCCUGACGCAUCUGAUCGCAUACAACGAAACCGGUGGCCCCGGGACAAUGAUAAGCAUGGCCAUCGCAGCCGUCUUCGCCAUUUUCUCCGGUGUGUGCAAGUCGAGCGUCAAGUCGCUCCAAAUUUACUAUAUUCGUACCACCCACCGGGCGGAUUUCUUCUGUUUGUUUCUGUCCAAGUGGAUGGAUAUCCUGGCCCUGUUCUCGGCCUGUGCCGUGCUCGUGAGAACACUCAGCUCCUCGCUCGAUGCCAUGACCGGAGGGCUCGCUAGGAUGUACAUUCUUGGUCGCAACUCACCGGCGAACGAGCCCUGGCCAGACGUGAUUGGGGUGGUGGUGAUUUUCCUCCUCUCGGGGAUGUUUAUGCUUGGAUUAGAGAAUACGAAAAUUUUCAGCUUCCUCAUGGUGUCCGGAGUGAUGGCGUUGACAACGGUUAUCGGUGUUGUCGCAGGAUUGCGAGGGAAUUUUGAGCUGUUUACCAGCGAGGCGAUUCUUCCAAAGGGAGUUGUGGGGCUUCUUUCCGGCGCAGCAUUAGCUAGUUUUAGCUUCUCGAACGACCUCCUAAAUGGCAAUUACUGUAAACGACUGUUGGGAUUAGCCGUUAUCUUGGCGGUGCUGCUAUCGAACGAACUAAUUGGUGCGUGCUUAACGGCGGUGAUAAAGUUUAGCGCAAGUCACGACUACGAAGCCGUCCCGAUGCUGUCUAUUUUGGAGAACAAGGACUUUCACAAGGCGAUUGCGGCAGUGGCUUGCCUUUUGGUGUUGACUUGUUCCGGUGCCUUGUUGGAGCUGUUUCCGGAAAUGUUCUACCAGAUCGUGCAGCUGGCCACGUCGGAUUGGAAAAUCCUUGCCAAACAGAUCGGAUACGAAAACCGGGAUAGUGGAAGCCCGAUACUGGCAGUGUUCACCGGAGGCAGUCUGUGCGCGAUGUUGGCAUUUGCCUGUCCGAUGGAAAACUUGACGUACAUUUUAGCGGCCAGUCAUCUGAUGGCGGCGUUCCUGAGGGCGUUCUAUCUGCUGUACAUCCCAUUCAGGCCGCAGUAUAUGGAGCAACAGAAUGAAUCCUCCUUGGCGUACAGCAGACUAAACACCACACCGAAACCCGUCCCGUCACAAUCGACCUCAAUGAAGUCGAAGAAAUCGGUUUGGUUCUUCCGUAAGCCUUCGACGGCCUCGUUAGCUCACCACAUGCUGCCGAACAACCGUGCCAACAAGAAUGGUUCUCGCGAGGAGCACGAGCGUGAGUGGUUGCUUCUAGGAGAACCUCCUUCCCCGAAAGCUCCCGAUAGUCCACCCAACGUAGAAUCGACCAUCCUCUCGGAUCAGGUUUCCGACAUUGAAUGCAUUGCAUUGGCAAAACCGGAGAACACUGACAGCGAUGAGGAUAGCAGCACCGAUAUCGACGCCAUCGUCGAUGAGUACCGCCAGAAGGUAAAAGUGUCCGCGGCUGGACCGUUGGACAACAACACGCUGAGACUACCUUCGGCUGGCAGCUGGAAGUUGACGAUGGUUUUCAUCGCGUUGAUCUUGACAGGGAGUGUGCUCACUUCACUGGGACUCAUGGUUUGGGAAACCAACGCCAUUAUCGUUGGAGUUAAUCUGGUCUUUAUUCCGUCCGCCAUUUUGAUGCUGUUUCCAAAGUACGACCAGACAACUUCGACGACACCGGCAACUCUCACCUGUACGGUUGCGCUCCUUGGAUCGGCAAUUCUAUAUUCUGCUUCUUUCCUCCAAUCGUGGCCUGCUUUGCUGUUAUGGUUCGUGGCAGGUCUCUUCCUAUUCAUCCGGUGCGAUACCUGGUGCUGUCUCUGCUUGGAACGGCCUCCGUCGACGCAGACUUUGAUUGCAAGUGUAUCCGGAACCAGAACUACCAUUCGCUUGCCCCGUCCUCCGAAGGGAUCCAUUAUCCCGUCGCGCAUCGCCGGCCACAGCUGACAAUCGGACAGCUCGGAAAGUGAAUUCUUCGAAGAGGAAGACACGGUUGAAGAAUGGACCGACUGAUGGGUCUAAAAUUGGCGCUUUUCAUCCCAAGUAGUAGAGGAAAGCAAACGUCUUUUGAACAUUCUGGUUGUUUGAGAACCCCGACAAUUAUUGCUCCCGGAAAAAAAAACACCGGAAUCCCAGUACGUGUGAUUUUACAAUAAUCGAUGAAGACGAAUCAAAAGUAUAUAAAAUUAAACCCAUAAAUGUGAUACCAAUGUGAAAUGAAACACGUAAGACCGAUUGAAUUCAAUUAAACGUAACGAUUCUUUCUCUUGAAUGUCAAUUUAAGCAGAGAAAAUGAAAAUGCUGUUAACAAUUUGGACUUAUCUGAUUCGAGGAAAUCUGCUGUCAAAACAAAACAAAAAACAUGCAAGCAAAUAGAAAAGCAAUCAAUUAGCAAGCAAAAGAAGAAGUAUUAGGCGGCUUACCAUGCAGGAUGGGAACCGAAUUUCAUUUAAGUGCAAUAACAAGGACGAUACCAAAGUAAAGAACAGAAACAAAUUAGUCAGACGUAGCAUUUUUACGAAACAUUUUUUGUCACAACAUGUAAUAAAUCUUUGCAAAUUGUUACAAAACAUAAAACAGAAUUAAGUUCUCAACCAAAGAAUAGUAGGGCAGAUAGAGCGAAAAAGAGAAAGAGAAAGUUGUAAUCUCACAGAAAAGCGGCCUUUCAGUAGCGAUUUUUAUCGAUUGUGUAGAACAGAAUCAGAGAAACAGCUAACAGAAUGAGAGAGCAUUAUUUUAAAAAUUGUAGGUAAAGUCGUAGUUUGCAGAUAUGUCGAAGAUUUUAAUAUAUUUCCGCAGCUUGCAGAAUACGCGUGAGGGAAAAGCGUUCGAAUGUGAUUGAUGACCGUAGAAUCUGACGUCUUCUCAAAACAUUUAUUUACGUUGGCUAAAUAUCUCUAAAUAUUGUUGAAUGUGGAUUGGCAAAGUUUGAAAAAUUGGUAAACCAGGAGCUUUUCUGGUGAUCAGUUAAUGUUUUCUUGUUGUUUUUAUUCUUCGUGCUGUAGGUUUAUCAUUGCUGGUAAAAAAGAAGUGUUUUUUCAAUAUUGGUUGUAACUUUGUCCUCUGCAUGAAAUGUGCAGUUAUUUAUUGGAUUUAAUGUUUAUGCUAAGCUUUACAUACACUCUGAGAUGUAAG